UACAUACAUAUAUACACUACUACCCUUCAAAUAUUCCAACUAUCUAACUUUGACUAUCGGACUCAACUUUAACUGUAGUUACAACCAUUGAGCACUACUUAGAUAACAACAGAACGCUAGGACGUGCACAACUGAAUCCCUCCCCAUGAGUCAACGUAGACCAACCAAGCAAUACUCUGUUCAACCGUAAUCCCUGACCGUCAUCUCUUCGGUGACAGUCAACGGAAAUAUGGACUAGUUACAUGUGCCCUGGUAUAAUCGGAUGGGGUGCAGCUCGACACUACUUUACAGAUUUCAUGCUUUAGAACUUGCAUGCGUAGAAGCAUCUUGUGUAGAAUGUAGAGCUGUAUGCACAUCACGUAUACUAUUAUGAUCCAGAGUUACCUUGAUGCUGAGAAGUGGCCUUCAGUAUGCCGUGAGAGUCGAAGGAAAGCACCCCGGGCGGCCGGGCAGUUCGAUUUUACGUAUGGACUUCUGGAGAGAAAAGAAAGUCAUCGAAUUCCUCGACAGCUGUUGUUGAGGUGGGCAAGCAAACAGAUGCAGGGACCGUUGUGCGCAGAGCUGGCUGUUCAGUCCGGUGACAGGGAAUUGGACUCCAAUACCACGACCCAGGCAGGCGAUUAAGGUGUCGAUCUGAACGACCGCACACACACA